AUGGUCAUCACCGCCGCACCCCUGAAACCGGCAGUUCGCGAGCGCGCCGAGGCUACCGCCGAGGCUGCUGGAUGGAAGCCCGGUCUUCGCCGCAUGGCGGUGCACGCGAAAGGGCUGCAGUCCUUUGGCACCGUCGCUGCGGCGGCGAAGGCCCACUCGAUACAUGUGCCCAUGCUCCUGGUGGCUGCGGGUCACUCGGUGGCAGCGCUGAACGCACUGCAGGUGGCCUUCGCCAUUGCAGCUCUACUUAGCGGAGCGCUCUUAGUUUCUGCAUUGAGUCGGGACGUAUGGAGCAAAGUGCUGACAAGCCAAGAGGUGGAUCGGCACUCGCUGCAUGCUCAUUUCAACCUCGCCGAGGGAUGCAUGCGUGUGCGCUUCUACCCUGACCGUGCUCAGCCGUGGAAGCAGGUGCCUGAGCCUUUGCGCGUGCCUUGGGUGCCCCUCGCGCAGCUUGCGGAGGGACCACCUGGCUUGGCAGAGUUUCGCAGGCAGCUGGUUCGUCCUGGUCAGCGGGUGGACGCUCUCGGCGCGCUGCCGGGAGAGAGAGACCUUGAGUUUGUGGUGAAGAACCUGGACAAGUCUGCCAGGUCGCGGGAUUGGGAUCCCACCUACUUCCACGAGUUGGAUGCUGUGUCUGCACUCGUGCAUCUUUGCUGCUGCGCAGCUCUUCUGCUCAGCUUUCUCGCGCUUAUGGCAGAGCUCAUUGGCGCAUCCUUGCACAGAAGGCAGCUUCCUGCAAAGCGUGUCGGAUCAGUGCGCGUGCUGCGUUUGGCCGGGGCUCUCUCGAUGGCCUCGGCUGCAGCCGUGGCAUUCGCGCUGACCCAGUACUCCGCUGUUUGUCGCUACCGACUGAAGGUGCUGGUUUCAGAGUUCCUCCUGGGCAUCACGGCAGGCGACGUGGUCGUAUGGCCUCAGGACUUGACCAUGGUCUGGGGAGGAGGUGUCUACUUUGCCCUGGCCAGCGGUCUCCUGAGCUUCCUGAGUGGCGUAUGCCUGGUGUUCGCUGAGCUCGAUUCCACCACUGCAGAGACAACCUCCGCGGCAGUGGGUAAGGUCCAGACGGAGGUCCGCCGUGUGGAGGACCGCCAUUUUACAUCCCGGGGCUCGGCUGCGUCCAUCGCCUCUGAGAUUGAGACCCUUGAGCAGGAAGCUUUGGAGUACGUCCCGGAAGCCGUCACGACGACUGAACAGCAGAAGGAAGAAGAGCUCCAGUUCCUUACGAUUCUCGGACUUCACCAGUUGCAUGCCCUGAACUUGAAAUCGCUGACUUCCCACAGUGUUCCCGAUCUGAGGAGGGCCCUUGAGGCCACGGAGGCACAGCUGAAGGCCCACAACCGCCUCUCAGAUGCCUCAGGAUCUCAGUUUCAGCUUGUUGCAUUCGUCUAA